AUGGAUCCAAAUCAGCAGCAGCAGCAGCAGCAGCCGUCGGCUCAGCAGAGCCUAUCGGCGAGCGUCUCCCUGUCCGGCUCGUCGUCGUCGUCGUCGGCCGCGACCAGAUCGGGCAGCGGAUCGGUCAGCGCCACUGGCUCAAUAAGCACCGUCGCGGCUGGUGGUGCUAACCAGCAACAGCAACAAUCACCGUCGUCAGCAACAGCCUCGAUUUCGGGCGGCUCACAGCAGCAACUGCUACCGCAAGCAUCCAAUAUAAUUGCGCGCGAGUUCACCGAAAGGCAUGGCCUGUUGAACAAGAGACGGGGCGCAGUUAGGCGCCGUGUCCACAUAGUUAACGAUCAUAGAUUUAUGGCGGCCAUCUUCAAGCAGCCCACCUUUUGCUCGCACUGCAAGGAUUUCAUCUGGGGCCUGGGCAAGCAGGGCUACCAGUGCCAGGUGUGCACGCUGGUGUUGCACAAGCGCUGCCACGAGCUGGUGGUGACGAGGUGCCCGGGCAACAAGGAUGUCCGAGAGGGUGAUUCGCUUGUUGCUCAAGCAACCGGAUCGAGCCGAUUCGGUAUGAACAUACCGCACACAUUUAAGGAAUAUUUUUUUAAGAAACCAACCUUUUGCGCCCACUGUGGUUCGUUGAUCUAUGGCCUAUAUAAGCAGGGUUUAUUUUGCGUUCAGGAGCACUGCGGGAUGAGCAUCCAUUACAAGUGUCAAAAGAAUGUGCCAAACAAUUGCGGCGUCGAUCAGAAGCAACUGGCCGAGACUCUGCUCGCGAUUGGCAAAACCAGCGAUCGGAUCAACCACGAGACCCGGAUCAAGCAACAGUCUGCGGCGUCGUCAUCGACUUCGUCGCCGGACGGCGCCGGCUCGGCCGGCAGGAUGGUUGUCGAUUUGGACUCGGUGCCGGUGGCCAGCGGCCGCUAUGGACAACAUUAUACCAAUUUAGAGACGGCCCAACAGCAGCAACAGCAGCAGCAACAGAAAUCGUUAUCCUCUAAUUUUGCCUCAGCCUUGCAUCGGCUCACGAUGCGCGAUUCAAAGCGAGCCUCCUACAAGCAGAACAAUAAUCAGAAUCAAUCCCUCGAGGAGUCUCUAUCGAAAAAUUUGAGAAUCCAACAGCAGCAGCAGCAGCAGUAUCAACCGAUGACACCCCUAACGCCUCAGAUAGAAUCCUCGUAUGCUGGAAUCAUGCCCAUCAGUAGAUCGCCGGGCGCCGGCUAUUUUGCUGGUCAACCAUUCGAUCCGGCGCACCAGCAGCACCAGCAGAUGCAGCAUCGCAAAUUUACACCAGAUAAUUUUAAUUUCAUCAAAGUCAUCGGCAAGGGCUCGUUUGGUGUUGUGAUAUUGGCCGAGCUAAAGGAGACCGACGAUGUGUUUGCAAUCAAGAUACUGAAAAAGGAUGUCAUCAUUCAGGACGACGAUGUUGAGUGCACAAUGACAGAGAAGCGAAUCCUGGCCCUGGCCGCAAAGCAUCCCUUUCUCACCGCGUUGUAUUGUUGCUUUCAGACCGCAGAUAGGCUAUUCUUUGUUAUGGAAUACGUCAACGGCGGCGACCUAAUGUUUCAGAUCCAAAAGUCGAGGAAAUUCGAGGAGGCCAGGGCAAGGUUCUAUGCUGCCGAGGUUACGUUAGCGCUAAUGUUUCUCCAUAGGCAGGGUGUUAUUUACAGAGAUCUCAAAUUAGAUAAUAUAUUAUUAGACUGUGAGGGCCAUUGUAAGAUAGCCGACUUUGGUAUGUGUAAGGAGGGCAUUUUGGGUGGCGCAACCACCACCACCUUCUGCGGCACCCCCGAUUACAUAAGUCCAGAGGUAUUGCAGGAGCUCGAAUAUGGGCCCUCGGUUGAUUGGUGGGCACUUGGAGUGCUAAUGUACGAGAUGAUGGCAGGUCAACCUCCAUUCGAGGCCGAGAAUGAGGACGACCUUUUUGAGGCGAUCCUGCACGAAGAUGUUCUUUACCCGGUCUGGCUAAGCCGUGAAGCCGUUUCCAUCCUUAGAGGGUUCAUGACCAAGAAUGUAAACAGGCGCCUAGGUUGUGUAUCUAGUCAAGGCGGUGAGCAAGCAAUUCUCGACCAUCCAUUCUUCAAGGAGAUUGAUUGGGUAGCUCUCGAGGCCAAGAAAGUCAAGCCCCCAUUCAAACCAAAGAUUAAAAACGCCCGUGAUGUUAGCAAUUUUGACAUAGAUUUUCUCAAAGAGGAGCCAAUACUGACUCCAGUCAAUCCGGAGGUACUUAAAGGGAUCAACCAAGAAGAAUUCAAGGGAUUCUCAUACACGAACGAGAAUUUCAAUUCCAUGGAUCGUUGA